AUGUAUCUCUCGUGCUUCAUCGAUCGAGCCAAUGUUGGCAACGCUAAACUGGCCGGAUUCGAUGAGGACCUUGGCCUCGUAGGCCAUGAUUACAACGCCGUGCUCUCGAUCUUCUUUAUCGCAUACAUUAUUUUUGAAAUCCCUAGCAACCUCAUGUGCAAAUUUGUCGGGCCUGGAUGGUGGCUUCCAGUAAUAACAUUGGGAUUUGGUAUCUGUUCGGUCGCCACAGCUUUUGUGAAUGAUAUGGCAAGCGCAUCUGGUGUGCGCUUUCUUUUGGGUGCGUUCGAGGCAGGACUCAUGCCUGGGAUUGCAUACUAUCUCUCACGUUGGUAUCGACGAGGUGAGCUUGCCUUCCGCCUGUCUUUGUAUAUCGUCAUGGCUCCCCUCGCUGGAGCGUUCGGUGGCCUUCUGGCCUCAGGCAUUCUCAAGCUUGAUCAUUUCGGUUCUCUCCGUAGCUGGCGUAUGAUCUUCGCGAUUGAGGGCAUCAUCACUAUUGGAAUCGGUCUCAUCGCAUUCUUGACAUUGACUGACCGACCUGAGACAGCCAAAUGGCUCUCCCAGGAAGAGAAGGAUUUGGCCAUUGCCCGUGUCAAAUUGGAACGUGUUGGCGCGACAGAGGUUCUUGACAAGCUUGAUGUAGCCAAGACACUGCGCGGCGUCUUCAGCCCAGUUACGCUCGUGACCGGGAUGAUUUUCAUGUUAGAUAACAUUACCGUUCAGGGUCUAGGAUUCUUUGCGCCUACCAUUGUCAAAACCAUCUACCCUAAUGGCAGUGCAGUGUCUCAACAACUGCACACUGUGCCUCCGUAUGUUAUUGGUGCAUUUUUCACUUUGCUAUUCCCCUAUCUCAGUUGGCGAUUUGACCAUCGCCUUAUAUUCUUCAUCAUCAGCCCGCCGCUUAUGAUGACUGGUAAGUCAGAACUCCUUGGUCAACAUCCAACAUAUGAGCACUACAAGGAAUUUCUGGUUCCAGGCUAA